AUGGGGAAGAAAUCUAAAAAGAGUCAGGAUAACUACUGGGAUGAGGAAUUCGAAGAGGAUGCUGCAAACGCUCAGGAAGAAGUAGCCGAAACAGUGGGAGCAUCAGAAACUGCGGCAAAUAGCGAAAAUGUGACACCAGAAGUCGCAGAAUUUGGUGAAGAUGCCAAUGGCGAGGACGGUGCAGGAGCCGAAGCUGAUGGCGACGAUUUAGCCGCUGAAGCUGAUUUCAUGGCCGCUUUGAAGAAGUCUAAGAAAAAGAGCGAACAAAGAGAGGCAGAUGAACCAAAGAAACCAGUACUGAAAUCUAAGAAGGAGAAAGAAAAGGAGAAGAAGGAAAAGGAGAAGCAAUUGAAAAAAGAGCAGGCAGCCAAGAAGAAGGCGCAACAACAGGCACAGAAGGAAAAAACAAAGGAAUUGAAUAAGCAGCAAGCAGAAGCCGCAGCGGACGCUAAGGCCAAGAAAGAAGCUGAAAAAAAGCCAGAGUCCGGAUCGGCCAAGAAACCCGCUAAGAAGGUACCCGCUGGCCUAGCUGCGCUCAGACGUCAACUGGAACUCAAGAAACAAUAUGAAGAACAGGAACGUCUGGCGCAGGAAGAAGAAGAACGCCUAGAGCGAGAGGAACAAGAACGUUUGGCCAAGGAAGAGCAAGAAAGAGAAGAGUUGAAACAGGCCAAGAGAGAGAAGGAAAAGGCUAAGCGUGAGAAGUUGAAGGCCGAAGGCAAACUGCUCACAAAGAAACAGAAAGAGGAGAAACGUCUUCAAGAACAGAGACGCGCAGCUCUUCUCGCCGCAGGUAACGUGCAUGUUGCUGGUUUAGAAAAGAAAGAGGGUACGCCCGAAAACAAGUCUAAGAGGGUUGUCUACGGCAAGAAGAAGAAGAAGACGCAAGCCGAAAAAGACGCAGAAAAGGCUGCUGCUGAAGCCCAAAAAGUAGCCGAAGAGGCCAAGGCUGCCGCAGGUGACGAAGAAGAAGACGUUUUAGUCGAUGACUGGGAAAACUUGGCUCUUGAUGAGAACGAAGAGCCAGCAUCUGAAGGAGAAGAAAAAGAGGUAGAACAAGACGAAGAGGAGAACGAAGAGCCAGGGCAGAAAAUUGUUUCCGAGGCUGUUCAGAAGCAGGAAAAUGAAGUGGAAUACGUACCAUCGUCUGAGCAAUCGACCCCACCACCAGCUGGUCGCGGUAAAGAGCUUCGGUCGCCUAUCUGCUGUAUUCUGGGUCACGUCGAUACUGGUAAAACAAAGCUUCUGGAUAAAAUUAGACAAACUAACGUUCAAGGCGGUGAAGCUGGUGGCAUUACUCAACAGAUUGGUGCUACUUAUUUCCCAAUUGACGCUGUUAGACAAAAGACUGCUGUCAUGGCCGACUUUGAAAAACAAACCUUUGAUGUCCCUGGUUUACUUGUGAUUGACACUCCAGGUCACGAGUCUUUCACCAACUUACGUUCCAGAGGUUCAUCUCUGUGUAACAUCGCCAUCCUGGUGAUUGAUAUUAUGCAUGGUUUAGAACAACAAACGUUGGAGUCCAUUAGGCUCUUGAGAGAUCGUAAGGCUCCUUUCGUGGUUGCUCUCAACAAAAUUGACAGACUUUAUGAUUGGCAGAGUUUCCCAAACAACUCCUUCAGAGACUCCUUCGAAAAACAGCCUCGCACUGUGAAGCAAGAGUUUCAGACCAGAUUAGAUACCAUCAAGGUUGCUCUAUCAGAACAAGGUUUGAACUCUGAGCUAUACUUCCAAAACAAAAACAUGUCUAAGUACGUUUCUAUCGUACCUACUUCUGCCGUUACCGGAGAAGGUGUUCCCGAUUUGCUGUGGCUAUUGCUAGAGUUGACUCAAAAGAGAAUGUCGAAACAAUUGAUGUAUCUCUCACAUGUGGAAGCUACAGUUUUGGAAGUGAAGGUCGUCGAAGGUUUCGGUACGACAAUUGAUGUGAUCUUGUCCAACGGUUACCUGAGAGAGGGUGAUCGUAUAGUUUUGUGUGGUAUGAAUGGUCCGAUAGUAACUAACAUAAGAGCUUUGUUGACCCCACAGCCGUUGCGUGAACUGCGAUUAAAGUCAGAGUACGUUCAUCACAAGGAAGUUAAAGCCGCACUUGGUGUCAAGAUUGCUGCCAAUGAUCUAGAAAAAGCGGUUUCGGGUUCCCGACUCUUGGUUGUUGGGCCUGAAGAUGAUGAAGAUGAAAUGAUGGACGACGUUAUGGACGACUUGACGGGUUUGCUGGACUCUGUGGACACUUCUGGUAGAGGUGUGACAGUCCAAGCCUCGACCUUGGGUUCUUUGGAAGCACUUUUAGACUUCUUGAAGGACAUGAAAAUUCCAGUCAUGUCUAUUGGUUUGGGUCCUGUCUUCAAAAGAGACGUUAUGAAAGCCGGUGCGAUGCUGGAGAAGGCGAAAGAAUACGCAGUUAUGCUCUGCUUUGAUGUCAAAAUUGACAAGGAAGCCGAACAGUAUGCAGAGGAACAAGGUAUCAAGAUCUUCAAUGCUGAUGUCAUCUACCAUCUAUUUGAUGCUUUCACUGCUUACCAAAACCAGUUACUAGAGAAGCGUCGUAAAGAUUUCUUGCAAGAUGCCAUCUUCCCAUGUGUUUUGAAUACUCUGCAGAUCAUUAACAAACGUGGCCCUAUGAUCAUUGGUGUGGACGUUCAAGAAGGAUCUUUGCGUACUGGCACACCCAUUUGUGCCGUGAAAACAGAUCCAACUACCAAAGAGAAGACUGUUCUUUUGCUAGGUAGGGUGGUGUCUUUGGAAAUCAAUCAUCAACCAGUAAAUGAGGUCAAGAGGGGCCAAACAGCCGCAGGUGUCGCGAUGCGUCUAGAGGACCCAUCAGGUCAACAACCUAUCUGGGGCCGUCACGUAGACGAAAAAGAUACUCUCUAUUCAAUGAUCUCCAGAAAGUCCAUCGAUGUUUUGAAGGAUCAGGCUUUCAGAGACCAAGUUCCUAAAUCGGACUGGAUGCUCAUCCGUAAAAUGAAACCCGUUCUUGGCAUUGAUUAG